CUCGGGAGCGAGGCGGCGAGCGGACGAGCGCACUCGCGGGGUCUCCCGGCGGCCCGGAGUCGGUGGAAUGGAGAGGAGAGCUGAGACUGGAAGGCUGAGCAGUUAAGAUUGUGACCUUUAUCCAGAUGUGAAGUAAGGUUUCGAUUUGUAAACAUAUAUAUAGGAGAUUGUUGAAAACUUUAAAUUUGAUUCCUGAAAGGACUCAAUGGCUUACAGAAGAGAUGAAAUGUGGUCUGAGGGACGAUAUGACUAUGAAAGACUUCCAAGAGAACGAAUACCUCCUCGAAGUCACCCCAGUGAUGGCUACCAUAGAGUAGUUAAUAUUGUGCCAAAGAAACCACCACUGCUAGACAGACCUGGUGAAGGAAACUACAAUAGAUAUUACAGUCAUGUUGAUUACCGAGAAUAUGACGAGGGCCGCAGUUUUUCUCAUGAUCGAAGAAGUGGUCCACCUCACAGAGGAGAUGAAUCUGGCUAUAGGUGGACAAGAGAUGAUCAUUCUGCAAGCCGACAGCCUGAGUACAGGGACAUGAGAGAUGGCUUUAGAAGAAAAAGUUUCUAUUCUUCCCAUUAUGCGAGAGACCGGUCUCCUCAUAAAAGAGACACUCCUUUUUUCAGAGAAUCACCUGUAGGUCGAAAGGAUUCUCCGCACAGCAGGUCUGGUUCCAGUGUCAGUAGUAGAAGCUACUCUCCAGAAAGAAGCAAAACAUAUUCUUUCCAUCAAUCUCAACAUAGAAAGUCCAUCCGUGCUGGUACCUCCUACAAACGGCAGAAUGAAGGAAAUCCAGAAAGAGGUAAGGAGAGACCUGUUCAAUCUUUGAAAACAUCAAGAGACACUUCACCCUCAAGUUCUUCAGCAGUACCUUCAUCAAAGAUGUUAGACAAACCCAGUAGGCUAACUGAAAAGGAACUUGCCGAGGCUGCAAGCAAGUGGGCCGCUGAAAAGCUAGAGAAAGCAGAUGAGAGUAACUUACCUGACAUUGAGUAUGAGGCAGGAUCCACAGCACCAUUGUUUAUUGACCAGCCAGAGGAACCUGAGUCAAAUGUAACAGAUGGCAUAGAAUUAUUUGAAGACAGUCAACUAACUAGUCGCUCUAAAGCAAUAGCAUCAAAAACCAAAGAGAUUGAACAGGUUUACCGACAGGACUGUGAAACUUUUGGGAUGGUUGUGAAGAUGCUGAUUGAAAAAGAUCCUUCAUUAGAAAAGUCUAUACAGUUUGCAUUGAGACAAAACUUACAUGAAAUAGGUGAGCGGUGUGUUGAAGAACUCAAGCAUUUCAUUGCAGAGUAUGAUACCUCUAGUCAAGAUUUUGGAGAGCCUUUUUAGAAAAUUGCUCAGGCAACAAAAAACGUUACUAGGUUGUUUGUUUUUUCCUGGAUUGUGUAAAUCCUUAAUAUAUGGAAUUUUUGUGAUGAAGAGAAAUACUUUGAUUGCCGACCACAUUUCCAAUGUUAAAUAUCUAAAAUAGUUGAAGAUAUUUUAAUUAGAAUUUUAAAAAUCUACAUGUAGGGCCUCCUAAUCCAUACUUAUCUUUCCCCCCCUAAAAUGAUGAAAUAAUUUUUCAAGCUUUGAAAAAGCAGUCCUGGAGAAUAGCUUAUGUUCUGUUGUCUUCUAUAGUGUGCGAUCAUUUGUUUUGGUCACAAACAAUUUGGUAAUUUAUAGGUUAGAGAUCAUUCCACUUAAAACAUUUAUAUUUUGCAUUUCAUAGUCAGUGAUACCAUGUGAAAAUGUUAGAAUUCUGAGUUGUGAUUUUAUUAACUUGUUGCUUGCUUAUUUUAGGCUUUGUAACUUUUAGUAUGUUUAAAUAUCCAAAUAAACUGAAUACUUUAGUGUCUUAUAGAAUAUUUGCUUUGAGACUCCCAUUGUGAUAAAAUAGAGCACUUAAAUCUCAGAAAGACCCCUUAUAAAAUCCUAUUUUUCCAAGUAAAUGUACUCAAUGUCUUCUAUUAAAAUAAUCCUAAAACUCCUGACCACUCUUCCAGAUAUAGGAGUCUUAAAUAAUAUCAUAUAUAAGACCAAGAGAAGGGGCAAUUUGAAGUGAAAGAUGAGAGCUUUUCAAAUGAAAAUUUCUUUAAAAACUUCUAAUUGAAAGAGAAAAAUUUAGAAUAUGAUGGAAUAAUGCAGUUUUUUUUUUCCCAAGGCCUAUAUUUUCGAUCUCAAGAAGGAAGGUCAUUGAUAACAUAUCCAUAAUCAAACCAUUUACAGAUUAUGCAUUUGUUAAUCUCCGUUUGUAGUCUUAGCAAGAUCUUUGUUCUGAUGCCCUUUUUAACAAAGAGUGGAAUAGGCAGUAAAGUCCAGCACAGUACCCCUCACCACGCAGUCUGUGGAAACAGUUAUCCAUGAGCAAGCCGUCCAAAUCACGGGGUAGUUAAAGAUCUGACUGGAGCCAUUAGGAUAUUCUACUCAUUUCCUGAUCCCCUUCCAGCUGGCCAGUGGCAUUUAGCCAAAAUAUGUAUUUCUGUGGCAUUAGGAAACCUUAAAAAUCAUGCUUGUUAUUACUACCCAGUUUCAUUAUCCUCCCAUCCUCUUUCCAUUUCCAUUCUUUUCUCACUUGAAUUCUGGUGUUAUCUUUAGUGGCCUAUAUUGAUAAUAUGUAAAGAGCUACCCCAGAGGAGCUAAAAAUUAUAUUACAAGUGGAAACAGCAGUAUAAAUAAUUUUGGUGAAUCCUAUAAUGGGUGCCUCAAAAUAUGUACUAUGCUAUUCCACAAUGUAAAAACUGCUUGAACACAAUUAUUUUCUUAAGUUUCCUAUAUGAGACUGCCUUGAACUCUUAUUUUUGCCAUUUAGAUAUUGAACAUAAGCUAAAACUAAACCCCAUACCAGCAUCUCUGGUAGUCUUCCAUAAUUAUGAACAGUGAUUUUAUUUGUUACCCACUUUAGAAAGACUAAGAAAGUACUGAUACUGUUUCUCCCGUACCCCUUUGUUUUUUCCUUAAAAAUUCUGAUUCUAGGAUUCAAUUCCUUUAGUCAAGAUAUCAAAGUUUAAAAAUAAAAGUUGAGAAACUACCAUCAAGGCAAAGGAGUUGUUCAUUUUGCUGAAAUUCAUUAAACUAGAAAUUCAUUCAACUAGAGGUUUUACUUACGGACUCAUUUAAAUGUAGGUUCAACUGAUAAUUUCUUCUCUCCUUCCCCCAAAUUACAUUCAACACUUAAAGCUGUUUAUAGCUUGCCAUCAGCAUUAUUCUGGUAGGCUUGUCAGUGUUAAAUCUGUUUGCUUUUUAAAGACCGAUUUUAGGAUAGUUGAAUUCAGAUGUGUACCAGACUGUGUAUUUUGCAAUAUGUUCUUGAUUAAAGAAAUUUGUUUGUAAAUUAUCCAUUGUUUUGGAGUAUGCCCAAUUGAUAAGAUAAAUGUUUCAUUGUCUUACCAUAAAGCUUUGCCUAUCAACAGGAGGAAAGCAGAUAUUGUGAAGCUUUUUGUGAAUUUUAAAAGUGUAAAAUAAAGCAACCAGGUUUAAAUAAU